AUGCAGCAGAAGCUCUACUUCCUGCAGAGGAUCCAGGGUGUGGUGCACACAGUACAGGACUUCAGGAAGGACACCAACACCACUGUGCACCGCAACGCCGUGUGGGGCGAGGUGGUGGAAGCCUUCAACGCCGCCUUCCCCGACCGGCCACCCAGCUCGGUGGGCACCAUGAAGACCCUGUGGAAGAGGCUGAAGGUGGAGAGCCGCCAGGCGCUGCACCGGCGCCAGGAGCAGGUGGUCGCCGGCAUGCCUGUCACAGCCCUGACCGAGGUUCAGCAGGAGAUCACAGCCAUGGUGCCCAACCUCAUCUCCAACCAGGAUGACAUGGACGGAGAGAUGGGCUACGCCAGCCUCAGGCCUGGCUCCCCCACAGCAGGUAGUACCACACUACUCUCAGGACUGCCACUCCGCUAAGAUGAGCUCAUCUAUAUUGAGUUAACACAUUUAUAAAAUGUGCAUUCCUUAGAUGAUAGAUUGAUGUGUUGUCAACCAAUUUUCUCACAUAAAUAUAUAUGGUGCUAGGGGAGAACGUUACAAACUGAUGUCUCGCUCUCUGUCUCUCGCUCUCUCUGUCUCUGUGUGAUCUAGUGACAUGUACUGCAGGGACCAGUGGGAGUGACCAAGAGGAUGCUGAUAACAGUCACAAUGAGGUAACGUGUCACAGCUAGAGCACAUCUCCAUAGACAAUCCUCUAGUGUAUGAUGAUCUUACAUAUGAAAAUGUCAAUACAGUUCAAUAUUAACUGAAAGUGCUUCUAUAAUAAGAGCACACAAUGUGUGACAGUAUAGUUUAAAUAUAACCCAGUCUGUCUUUCCCAGGAGUAUGAGAGUAAAGACCAUGUAGCCAUGAGCAUCGGCAUCGCCUCCUCCACAGCACUAGCAGGAAGUGACGGACCCCUCCGGAUCCCCUUCUCCACCAGCCAGCCCAACACCUCCACUCUCACCCACAGUGAAACCUCCUGGUCUGGGACGUCCCCCUCCUUCCCCCCUCUGCCCAUCCCAUCUGCCUCAUCCUCCAGCCUGCUCAACUCUUGCCCUGUGAACUUUGACCUGCCCUACAUCCCCCGGGCAACCCUGCAACCCCUCACCUCUCUGACAGCGGCAGCAGGGCGAGGGGCUGAGGACCCACGGUAUGGGCCGCGCAUGCUGGAACUGUCGGAGUUGGAACAUGAGCAGAGAAUCAGAGUUCUACAGAUGGAACAGAAGGUUCUAGAAGACAAGAGGAAGGCGGUGAGGCAGAAGGAGAAAGCCUACAGGCUAAAAAAGAGAUACUACCAGGCUAAACUGAAGAAGAUGGGGGAAGAGGUACGACCGUCCUCGAGUAGCGAGGACACAGAGGACGAUAAUCACGAUCAAAUCAUUUGA